AUGUUUCACUGGAGCAAGUGGAAGAAGAGGAUGGGAGCGAGCGCCUCCUCCUCCAAGAGACCCGUGUUCGACGAGCGGGAGGACGUGAACUUUGACCACUUCCAGAUUCUGCGGGCGAUUGGGAAGGGAAGCUUUGGCAAGGUGUGCAUCGUGCAGAAGAGGGACACGGAGAAGAUGUACGCCAUGAAGUACAUGAACAAGCAGCAGUGCAUCGAGAGGGACGAGGUGCGCAACGUGUUCAGGGAGCUGGAGAUCCUGCAGGAGAUCGAGCACGUGUUCCUGGUGAACCUGUGGUAUUCCUUCCAGGACGAGGAGGACAUGUUCAUGGUGGUGGACCUGCUCCUGGGAGGGGACCUGCGCUACCACCUGCAGCAGAACGUUCAGUUCACCGAGGAAACAGUGAAGCUGUACAUCUGUGAGAUGGCCCUGGCCUUGGACUACCUGCGGAGCCAGCACAUCAUCCACAGAGAUGUAAAACCAGACAACAUCCUCCUCGAUGAGCAAGGUCAUGCCCAUUUAACAGAUUUUAAUAUUGCAACAAUCAUUAGGGACGGUGAAAGAGCGACAGCAUUGGCUGGGACCAAGCCAUACAUGGCCCCGGAGAUCUUCCACUCCUUCCUGAGCGGCGGCACGGGCUAUUCCUUCGAGGUGGACUGGUGGUCCCUGGGCAUCAUGGCCUACGAGCUGCUGCGGGGCUGGAGGCCCUACGACAUCCACUCCAACAACCCCGUGGAGUCCCUGGUGCAGCUCUUCAGCACCGUCAGCGUCCAGUACUCCUCAGCCUGGUCCAAGGAGAUGGUCGGGCUGCUGAGGAAGCUGCUGACAGUGAACCCUGAGCAUCGCUUCUCGUGCCUGGCCCACAUCCAGGCCUCGGCUCACCUGUCAGGUGUGGUCUGGAGCGACGUGAGCGAGAAGCGUGUGGAGCCGGGCUUCGUCCCCAACAAGGGCCGCCUGCACUGCGACCCCACCUUCGAGCUGGAGGAGAUGAUCCUCGAGUCAAGGCCCCUGCACAAGAAGAAGAAGAGGCUCGCGAAGAACAAGUCAAGGGAUAACAGCAAAGACAGCUCCCAGUCUGAAAAUGACUAUCUCCAGGAAUGCCUUGAAGCUAUCCAGCAGGACUUUGUCAUCUUCAACAGAGAGAAGCUGAAGAAGGGCCAAGAGCAGCCGAGCGAGUCCGUGUCUGCCUCCGAGACCCCCGACGAGGCCGAGGCAGAGGCUGAGCCCCUGCACAUGUGCAGUUCUGUGUGCUCCUCGGGCAGCAGCUAG